AUGUUUGAACGCAAUUUCGGAGGACUCAGGCCGGAUGGGACGCAUCCCAUGAAAUUGGAUGGGCAGAAUGUUCAAGGGUGUUUCUUUGGUCAAUCUUCGUUCUCAAAUCCCGCAAUCGUCCAAGAGGAAAGCUGUGUAGUUAUCAAUACGGAGAUGCCGCUCGACAUUUUGGCUCCGCUAGGAUGCGGAGCUCAGACUGGUGCAGGGUCGAUCUUCAAUGUUGUCAAGCCGGUUGAAAACAGCACUCGAUCUGUGGCUAUCUUUGGAAUUGGUGGUGUGGGCAGUGCGGCCCUUAUGGCAGCAAAGGCGAUACACCACGACAAUCCGAAUCUUCUCACAACAAUCAUCGCAGUCGACCUACAACGAGACCGGCUUGAUCUUGCCGCUAAACUGGGAGCUACCCAUACAAUUCAGUCAACUAAUCCCGUCGAAACCAUUGAGGAGAUCCACCGUAUCACGAAGGGUGACGGUGUUGAUGCUGCGGUCGAUUGCACAGGGGCAGUGCCCGUCAUAAACGCUAUGAUCAAAGCCUUGGGUGCAGGCGGUAUCGCGGUCACGGUUGGAGUUCCGUCCAGCACGGCUGAGAUGGAAAUUCAAGUGUUUGACUUUGUCAAUAGUUGCAAGACGUAUCGAGGCUCACACCAAGGGAAUAGCUACUCCAGAAAGUUCUUGCCUUUCCUCGCAGACCUGUAUAUGCAGGGUCGGUUUCCCAUCGAUCGACUGCAAAAGCGAUACAAACCUUCAGAGAUAAAUACUGCCGUCGAAGAUUUGCUGCACGGAAGAGUCAUGAAACCAGUAAUAGUCUGGACAUAA